UCAGCAGCCUAAACCUUCACAAUCAGGCAGGAGGCUUUGUUGAGCUUGUGCUUGGCAACACAGGAUUCCUCUAAUAUGAAUCCUGGAAAGAGUCCAAAGCACUGGAGCCCUUUGGGAGCCAUCCUAAUGAAGCAAGGCUCAGAAAGCCCAUACUGGGGCAAUGAGAGCAGAGGGGAAGGGACUGCAUACAUCACGGCUUUAUCUAAGAUAUUCUACUGAAUCCUCAGGACAAUCCUAGAAGGCAGGAUUUCCAGGAAAGUGUUCAGGCAGGUCUAAUGACCUCUCCUGGACCUAGAGAUUGCAGACACAGAAGUCUCCCCAUGGCUCCUUAUCACAUCCGCAAAUACCAGGAGAGUGACAAUGAAAGUGUCCUGGCCCUGUUCUCCAGUGGGUUGGCUGAGCACAUUCCUGCCACCUUCCGCCAUAUGCUGAUGCUGCCCCGAAUCCUCCUCUUCUUACUUGGAGUGCCCCUCACUCUACUCCUGGUCACUGGCUCCUGGCUCCUGACCAUCGUGUCCAUCUUUACCCUACUUGUUUUCCUGAGGUUGCUUGCUAAUUUUCCCUGGAAGAUUCAUGAGGCCUUGUGUUUGCGCACAGACCUGGCUGACAUCACCAAAUCCUACAUGAGUGCAUGUGGCUCCUGCUACUGGGUGGCUGAGUGUGAAGGGAAGGUGGUGGGCACAGUAAGUGCUCUCCCAGUUGCAGACCCUCCUUUGGGGAAGAAACAACUGCAGCUGCUUCGCCUCUCGGUGGCCGUGGAACACCGAGGUAAGGGGAUUGCAAAAGCCCUUGUCAGGACCCUCCUCCAAUUUGCCCGGGAUCGGGGCUGCAAUGAAGUUAUUUUUGAGACUACCACAUUACAGUACAGUGCCCUGGCCCUCUACCAGGGCAUGGGCUUCCAGAAGACAGGCCAGUCUUACUUUGGAAAGAUUUGGAAGAUACUGGCUAUUCCUAAACUUUAUUUAACAUACCGCCUCCCUUCUGCUCAGAAAGAGGGACUAUGAUAUAUUUCCUUGUGUAUCUGAUCCACUCAUCUGUAGUAACAAGAACUACUGACUAUUAGUGUAAAAACAGUAAAAGUUCAUUGUUAUUGCCUGUCUGGGUCCAACAGGUUGGAUGGUGGGGUGUGGACACCAGGGUCUCUACUCCAUUUGUUUGGGUUGUCUUCAUUUCACUUAUCUCAUCACACAAUAAUAUUGCAUAAAACCCAACAGAAAAUGAUAAUACACAUACCUUUCAUUUCUGAAUCUGUGGGCUCUUGAGUUCUUCUGGUCUCUGCUAGGCAGUGUUCUGGGUCUCAGGUUGCAUUUUCUAAUAUUCUGGGUUGACUGAAGUCCAGGGAAACUAGACUUCAGACAUUUCCAACAGGCAGCAAUCAAAGCCACUGCAAAGCAAAAGGAGAAAGGGACAAAGACUUUUCCAUGUCCACACAUGUGUCACUUGUGAAAACAUCCCAGACUAUGUGGAAAAUGGAGCUGGCUCAGAAGUGGAGAAGCUGCAGAGUCACAGAGCAAACGGGCAGGAUGUGGCCCUAUGAGAAGAAAUGGGGCAGCGAUACACUCAAACUAGUGUCCUGUCCCCCCAGAGGGGUGGGAAGGUAACUGUCAAUGGAGGGGGAUGUUUUCAUGGGGAGACCUGGGUAUGGGGCAACCCUCAUGGUGCUGGUGGGACCCAUUCUCAGGCGCCAGCCUGACUGAAGGGAGGUUGUGUGUGGAACCUUCCUGUGUGUCCUGGAGGAGGAAGUAGGAGAGGUGAGUGUCCCAAAAUUAACCCAGAUUGGCACCCAACCUGGUACCAGACUCUGUGCCCAUAUGGGUUCACAGUCCCCAUAUCUUCAUAGGUGCCUCAGGACAGAUCCUCCCAGGCGGGGGAGAGUUGGGACCUGGGUCAGUGCUGAUUGUGCAGGACUGUCACCCUCUCCCAGCUGCUUAGACUGUAUCUCUGGCAUGUUCGUGGGUGCCUGGAACCUUGUACUUGUUCUCUCCAACCCAGAGGCAUAAUUCCAGAAGAGCUGAAUCCUAGUACCCUCACUUAACUUUUGAUAUUUGGGCAGCAUUGGAGAUAUUCUCCUUCUCUGACAUGUCUCCUCUCCCCCUGGACCACAGUUUGUCCAGUCCUGGCAUCCAGCCUUGUCAUAUGCCCAUUUCACCUACACAGAAAUCCUUACCCACUCUCAUGGACUAGUUCCAAACUGGACUGACUAGUUGUUCAGGAACAUGGGCCUCAACUUCCCACUGUCCCAUACUUGUCUCCUGCCCGUG